AUGCUAGAAUAUUCUAUAUGCAAUGUCGACCUGAAACACAUAGAGCAGGUGAAAGGCAGCAACAUCGUCCCCAUCGGCAUCAACCUGAGGGAGUUCUACAUGUCGGUGGAGUGGGACAUCCUCGAGGUCCCAGCCAAGAGGAACCAGGAGUAUUUCCCAGGCGCUCCCGAGCCCUACCCAGAUAUCACGUUCAACCUGACGAUGAGGCGGAAGACCCUGUUCUACACCGUCAACCUCAUCAUCCCGUGCGUCGGCAUCUCGUUCCUCACUGUCCUUGUCUUCUACCUGCCGUCGGACUCGGGAGAGAAGGUGACUCUGUGUAUCUCCAUCCUGCUCUCCCUCACCGUGUUCUUCCUCCUGCUGGCCGAGAUCAUCCCUCCCACUUCUCUCGCCGUGCCUCUGCUGGGGAAGUACCUGCUGUUCACCAUGAUCCUCGUCACCCUCUCCAUCUGCGUCACCGUCGGCGUCCUAAAUGUGCACUUCAGGUCGCCGUCAACCCACAAGAUGUCACCUUGGGUCAAGAGAGUGUUUAUCCACAUCAUGCCACGACUGCUCCUUAUGAGACGACCUCAAUACGACCCUCGAGAGCGACAUGUGCGUUCGGCCUCAGAGCAGGAGUAUUUAGAUAGUCUGGGCGACGGUGGUAUCUGUGAUCCUUACAGCGAGACCUUCGUGGAAAUCCGCGGGGAGCGAGGCAGCCUCGGAGGCGGAGGUGGAGGCGGAGGAGGCGGAGGAGGAGGCAAUGGAGGCUAUAAAUUCAGCGAAGAUUUCCUCUCGUCUCACGCUGCAGGGAAGUGCGACCUGGGCGGCUGCCACCUGCACAACCAGCGAACCUACUCCCCCGAGAUCCAGAAGGCGAUCGAGGGCGUCCAGUUCAUCGCUCAACACAUCAAGGAUGCCGAUCGAGACAAUGAGGUGAUUCAAGACUGGAAGUAUGUGGCUAUGGUGCUCGAUAGACUCUUCCUGUGGGUGUUCACCAUUGCGUGCGUGGUUGGGACGUGCGGCAUCAUAUUCCAGGCUCCUUCCCUCUACGACACGAGGAGUCCUAUCGACCAAAUGUACUCUGAGAUCGGAACUGCUAGUUCGACGCUGUAAAGGACCGCCAAGGACAUUAUCCUACAGACAUACUUCCUUUUAAUCUGUGUGUGCGUCUGUGUGUUCGUGGAGGGAGUCUGUGUAUGUGCAAGUGUGGGAGUGUUUGUGUUAUGUUUGUGUGCGUGCGUUACAUGUAAAUAUGUUUUUUUUCUUCCUGUCUUCUUCAUCUACAUGUCUAUUCGGCAUUUUACAUCGUUAAUAAUGUGAAAACUCGUCAACUGUGAGAAAGUUUCCAUGGUUUUGCUUUUUGUUGUUUGCUUAUUUAAAAACAAAGAUGUCUAUCGUGCGAGACUAAAGACGAAUUUACGUGUAAUAUUUAGUCUUCAUUUCAAGCAUUUCUUUCCAGUCUUUACUACAAUUAUAGUAGAUUUGACUUAGUGUAGGUCGAGCAGUUUUCUUUCGAAUUCUAGAAGUUACUUGGCGAGCAGAGCAAAUCUCACUUCUGGACUCGGGAGUUUAGGCGAGAGGCAGGUUACACAAGGCAAGGCGUGGAUAUUUUUAGAGGUCAUGCAAUUGUCAGGCAGAUCACGCAGUGUUACUUAUGACCGGAUCAGCUGACAGGUCUUUGGAUCUAAAUGAUAAAAUGCUUCAAAAUGUCAUGAUCUUCUGUCAGAAUCUGAAAAUGAAGAAUUAGAAAAAAUCGCUUCUUUUUUCUUGCCAUAAACUAGGCAGUGAUAUUUUUUAAAGACCUUGUAAGCAUACAGGUUACGUGGUGGGAUGUAUGUGAAGGUCAUAGGUCAUGCAGUUCGCAAAUAUCGAUCUUUUUAUGAAAAUUUAAGAUGGGAUAUUUGAUAUUUGAAAAAGGAGUUAUGAAAUUUGGCAAAAAUAAUGGGUUAUAUUAUUUUUUACGUGACUAUAAUGAAAGCAAGAUAAAGAAAUAACCGUUCAGGUUGAAGAAAUAAUAUUAAACGAUAUUGAAGAUAGAAGCGAAGACAAAAAUCAAAGAUAAAUAUGCAUAUAUACAUUAGUUUUCCCUAAAUUUGAUCAUACAGUGUUAAAAGUGCAAAGAGAUUAUUGUGUGAUACUGUAGUAAUAAUUUUGAUUUUAAACUCGUCAGUUCAACAUUUAAUGAAAUACACUUCAAAUAUGAUGGAGAUACACAUAGAAUAAUAAUGUCUUUAUCAUUUCUUCUUGGAUACAUAAAGUCGCACUGAAGUAAAGUCCCGAAGACGGAAAUGAUUCUCGAAUGCCGUUUUUGUUUGUUUGUUUUAUCAGACACUUAGAAAGAAAAAAAAAUCUUGUCUUUAUGGACGUGUUGAUAGUGUUAAUACUCUAUAUACGUUAAGUCUUUUAACAGUUCAUUGUGAAAUCAUUAAUAUUCUUUUUUUUCUCUCUCUCUAUGUUUUCUUUUGUGUGUGUGAAAAUUCUUCUGCCAAUCAGGAUUGUGCUUCGCGUUUUCCGCCAUUUUCUUUUUCUCGUGUUUCCCGCCAUUUUUUUUUUCUCGUGUUUCCCGCCAUUUUUUCCCCCCGUGACGUCACUCGGCUUGCGCUUCUUGACAACUUUUUAAGCCCUGUGUAUGUUAAAUAGUAUGGAUCUAGGAACUAAUGUUUAGUGUUUAAGAAGUCAAUUUUUACGUAUUUCUAAGACGUAUUGCGUGCACUUGAUUACCGACAAGGAGUCUUAACAUUUGUUCAAUCGGUGGAGACGUGUUGGAAUUUUUGACCCGAAAUGAAAAACAGAAAAAUAAAAAUCCUUUGCAAUGAAGGAGGGUUAAUCCGUUUGUGGGAGCGCAUGGUUUUAAUACUUAUGGUGUGUAUCUUCGGCUCAAAUACAAUACAAACGUAUAAUUAUGUACAUAAUGAAGUUAGCGUUAGACAAUUUUGAAUAUUUCAAAACCUAGAAUAUAUUUCUUUUCUUCUAUAUCAAUGUCAUUUGUAACCACUUACCCAUAAUAGAAAAAAAA